AUCCGUUAUCCGAAGCAGCACAAAUCUCGUCCGGUAAUUUAAUUUAUGCCAUUUUGGCGCGGCUUGUACGUGAUAUUUUUAAUAAGCUCGAGAUAUAAAGUGCGCGGCAAACGCGAGCUUUAGUUCAGAAACAAGCCUUUGAUCGUUCGAUCAGCAUCGUCAUCAUUUAUUGACAAGGAAUAAUAAUAAUAAUAAUAAAAACAUUCGAGAAGAGUGCUCGAUCCUUUAAUUUUUAAAUCGAACAUGUCGCAAAAAUCGGAGAGUGAUGUAUCCGCGGAAGGAUCUACAUCGCAGGCAUACAAGGUGCUUCGGAAUGAUCAAGUUGGUAGAUACAUGGUAGCGAAUAGAGAAUUGCAAGCUGGCGAAGAAAUCUUAACGGAAACACCUUUCGUUGUCGGGCCGAAGGCAUGCACUUAUCCCUUGUGUCUUUCUUGCUACACACCUUGGCCGCCUAGUCCGGACGACAAACCGCUCUGCUCCAAAUGCGGAUGGCCCGUUUGUAAUCAAGAAUGCGAGAACUCUCCGCAACAUAAAGAUUACGAGUGUCAAGUAUUUGUGCAGGCGAAUGAGAAAUUUAAUGCGGAUGUCGCGCUGGAUGGAAAUAAUGGUGUUCCGCAAUUAGAAUGCAUAACGCCCUUAAGAUUAUUGUUGGAAUCGGAGAAGAAUGCCAAGAGAUGGAACGAGGAAGUGAAGGAUAUGGAGGCGCACAAUAAGAUAAGAUGUGAAAAAACACAGUGGAAGUCGGACCACGUCAACAUCGUAGAUUACCUGAGGAAACGACUCAAACUCGAUAGAUUUUCGGAAGAAUGCAUACAAACAGCGUGCGGGAUUUUGGAGAUUAACACGUUUGAAGUUCGGACGACGAAAGGAUUCACCGCACGAGGUCUUUAUCCAACGGUCGCUAUGAUGAAUCACUCAUGUGUCUCAAACAUGUCUCACAGUAUAUCGCCGAUCGAUUACAGGAUACGACUGCGUACCACGCUUAAGAUUCCUGCGGGCGGUGAACUUUACGCGAGUUAUACGCACUCGUUACUCCCAACAAUGCUACGGAGGGAACAUCUACUCGAGGGCAAAAACUUUGCGUGCGCGUGCCCGCGAUGUUCUGAUCCCACAGAAUUGGGCACCCAUAUGUCCUCUCUUAAAUGCAACAAGUGCGACAAUGGAAUUAUCUUACCGUUGGAUUCUCUAGAUUCGAAAAGUACAUGGAAUUGUACACAUUGUGACUUUUCCACCAAUGGACAAGCCGUACGAAAAAUUUUUGGGAUUAUUCAAGCGGAAGUAGACGCCGCUGAAGCUAUCAGUGGAGCUGACGGAGCCGAUGCGAUUCACGAAAGAGAGACCGUUAUAAAAAAAUAUCGAUCAGUUUUACAUCCCCGUCACGCUUUUCUUACGAUAUUAAGACACUCAUUAACUCAAAUGUAUGGCCGAGUUGAGGAAUAUUUGCUGGACGAUUUGCCGGAUGUUGUACUAGAGCACAAAGUUGACAUGUGCCGUUUAUUGCUUCAAGUAUUGGACGUUGUGGAACCUGGAUAUUCACGAAUAAGAGGCAUGACGUUAUACGAGUUGCACGCACCACUGCUCUUUUUAGCGAAAGGUCAAUGGAAUGCCGGUGUCAUUGACGAGGCCGGAUUAAAGUCUAAAAUGAUAGAAGCCGCGACUAUCUUAAAAGAAGCGGCUACAAUAUUAACUUUAGAGCCACCGGAGACAGCUGAAGGACAAAUAGGAAUCGUCGCAAAAGAAUCUCUCGUCCAGCUGGAACAAUCUAUAAAUAAUUUAUAAAUUUAUUUUAAAGAGAUGUUUCUCUCUCUCUCUUUCUGUUAUUUGUUUACAGAAAUUUACAUUAUUAAGCGUCUCGAUGUAUUUUGAUGUUUUUUUUCUCUCAUUAUUAAAAGCUGCUAAUUGAAUUUACGA